AUGUUUGAUAAUGAUGAUGGAUUUAUAUUUCAUUCGUCUCAACUAUUUGGUAAAAAUUCUCUAUUGUUACCACCAACAACGAUUGAUCAGUCCGCAUCGUUACCGUUUGAUUUAUAUCGGCAAGGAUUAUUAAGAUAUCAUCCAAUAUUUAAAAAAGCGAGUUUAAGACCAAUGAUACCACAAAAUGCAAAAUAUUCACCAGGAAAACGUGCUAGUUUGAGACCCAUUAUAUCACCAUUCUGA